CGCUUGCUGAGUCACAGAGACGGACAGUGUGUGCGGUGUGAGUCGAGUGCGAGCCGGCGGUCUUCUGCAGAGUACAGAAUACGACAGCACAUCGCAAGCAUACGGCGGUACCGCGACGCGACGCGCCACGGAACCAUGACGUCGACGCCGCGAGAGGGCCGCCCCUGGAGCUGGCGGCAGCUGCUGCUCUUCCUGCUGGUGGUCGUUACGCCGCUUAUGUUCUCCGCGGCCCUCGCCACACCCGUUCAGCCCGACGGGGAAUCUGAAGCCGAGCAGGACGCUGAUCCCAUUCUACAGUAUCUCAAGAGAUACAUUUCAAAAAUGGGAUACAUAUUCGGUGAAGAUACUUCCGCAAAUUUGUUGCCUUUUUCAACAUCGACACUCGAUGACGGGGAGGAGGAUACAGAUUUAGCACCAGAGCGUGCGGAGAUGACCAGGCACAGAGAGGACGAAGAGUUCGCCCCAAUAGAAAGGAUAUUCUGGGGAGAGAGAGAGGAUGAAAAGAAGACGUCAACAACGCCGAAGUCGCCGUCCUCAGACGGUAACGACAAGCCGAAGCAGCUGGACCCGUGGUCGCUGGUGUGGUACAUCGGCUCGUUCGGCGGUCUGGUGGCGUUCUUCCUGGCGGUGAGCUGCAGCGAGUGCUGCUGCCACAAACCGGCGGGCAGCCAGGCUGCGGGAGCCGCCGGGGGCGCGGGGGCGGGCCUGGACGAGCCCCCGAGGCUGCCCGCCGUGGCCGAAGGGCCGCCGCCCCCGCCCUACAGCAUGUUCGCGCCGCCGCCCUAUGACUCGCUGUGCUACGGCGUCACCGACGAGAAGGACAAGCUGGAGGUGUUCGUGGUGCCGGUGCCCGUGCACAGUGCGGGCGUCUCGCCGCAGUCCGCCCACACCCACAGUUACAGCCAGAGCCACAGCCAGCCACCGUAAUGCCGCCCCCGCAGGGCGCGGCCAACGCCCUCCAGACAGCUCGAGCCUGCAGCCGAGUCCGCUCCACUAGAGUGCCUUCCCAGUCUGCGGAACCCGUUACCGGUUGUCAUUCCCAGUGAGUAACAGGCGGCGGCGCGGCGGACCGCUGGAGUCGGGCCAUCACGGCCGACGCCAUCCACGUGCCUUCACCACUAGCUGCUGUGUCUACACUGUCGAUGAAUGUACAGAUACUGGAGUAUUGUUAAUUUCUCAUAAGCACCCGGCUCGGUGCAGACAAAUAACGAAGUAUCUCAUCGAGGAUGAAAUGAGAAGUCGCAUUUUUUUCUUCAUUAAAUGGCGCAUUUUCACGUGCCUUAUUAGUGAGUUUUCUAACUCACACCGAUACCUUUUUUUUGUUAUGAAGGCUGUGUUGUGUCACUGGAGACGAUCUCCACGUUUCUCAUAGUGUGUGUACAUAGUAAGCACCACAACUGAACAAAAAUUUUGUAAAAAUAAGAAAAAACAAAGAGACUGAAAUUUUCUUUGAAGGGCUUCAGUGCUUCGAGCUUCAACGAAAGUGCCUUUUGUUACGCUCUGAAAUGUACAGUGAAACUGGUCUGGCGCACAGCGUACGAGGAAGAGGUGUGCUCCCUUUGCAAUCGGCGUGCUGCGCCGAGCACUUGGGAUGGAGAGGCGUUCCACUUCGAACUCAGGGGAUUUCUCGCGGUGUGCAGCAGACUGAGCCAGACCAGUGCGUGCCACGGUGGUGUCAGUAUUACUCCGUGCGUGACCGGGGUUCGGUACCCGGAGAGCGCAACCACUGCCUGACUGAUUCGCGUCCUGUGUACGUAUGAGCGGACGUGUACACAUUCCCAGUGAGCCUUAGGCUAGACAUGCUAGUCCCACGAUAUACGUAUUUUGUACUACGCUCUUUUGUACCUGCCUAUUUAUUUAUUUGAAUACUAUUUAUAUUUAUUAAAUACAAUUUUUAUGAAA